AUGGGAUUUUGUCAGAAGUGGAUUGGCUGGAUGCAGGAGUAUGUGACUACGGUUUCCUACUCAGUUCUUGUGGAUGGGUUCUCUCAUGGCUUUUUCAAGCCUACUAGGGGUCUUCGACAGGGAGACCCCCUUUCUCCCUAUCUACUUCUCAUUUGUGCAGAAGGAUUAUCUCAUCUGCUCCACAAGGGUGAACAGAGACAUGAAUUUUCAGGUCUAUGGUUAAACCGGUGGUGUCCUACCAUUAGUCACUUGUUUUUUGCAAAUGAUUCUAUUCUAUUUGAAAAAGUCAAUGCUCAAACAUGUCAAAAUCUACUUCACCUACUUCGGGAGUAUAGUGAGAUUAGUGGUCAAGUUACUAACCUGAACAAAUCCUCGAUUUUCUUUAGCCAGAACAUGCCUGAGGAGCUGAGGAAUGAGAUUGCCAAGAUUCUACAAGUUCUACAUGUUCGUUCACAGGAUAAAUAUCUAGGCCUCCCUGCAGUUGUAAACAGAUAA